AUGAAUAUAGGAAAACCAUCUACAACCAAAGCACUAUUUGGAACAAAUCAGCGACAUUCACUAAAACAUUUAGAUAAAAGAAGAUUACGUCGAGCUCUCACUGAUAAUAGGCUGGUUAUAACCCAACAUUUUACUGAGAGAACCGUUACACCCGGUGGCGAAAUAAGUAUGCAAUGUGCCGCCACUGGUGAUAGACCUCCUCAGUUUGUUUGGGAGCGAGAUGGAGUUACUGUUUCAAGCAACACAGAUCCUAGGGUUCGAGUAGAAGAUGGUGGAUUAUAUGCUUGUAUAGCGAAAGAAGGUGAACAUGUAGCCAGCAGUGAGAACAGACUGGACUUUUAUGUGACAUCACCGUCUGCUGAAAUGGUUAGACGUUCGUUUGAAAUACAAGUUAUAGAGGCACCUAUUUUGGAGGAUUUACUGCUUGGUAAUAACCUACAGGAAGGUCAAAUAGUAAAUAUUUAUUGCAACUUACGAAGCGGUGAUUUACAGAUACAUUUCGAAUGGUUGAAAGACGGAAAGAGAAUUUCAAGCAAUUUGAAGGUAGUCGAAAGAAGUUCGGAAUUAUUCAGUGCACUAGUGAUCAAGAAAGUUGCAUUGGAACAUUGUGGUACAUACACUUGCGUGGCAUCCAACCACGUAGCGAAGGUCAAUAAGUCUACGCAAUUGUAUAUCAAAGUUGCGCCCAAAUGGCUAGAAGAACCAUCAAAUUCGUCUCUCUUGCUCGGAAGAAAAGGCAUUGUAUCAUGCAGUGCGAGCGGCUAUCCACAACCACAAGUACAUUGGAUGAAAAAAGAUGCUCUUCUGGGUACUUGGCAACCUGUCCUUGAACUAGCUGGAGGAGGAAUCCUAAGUCUUCCCAACGGAAGUCUUUCAUACACGGGUCACCUCUACCAGUAUCGAGGCUCGUUCGCUCUAUCAGGCCUGUCCGCCGGCACCUGGUACGUGUUACGUAUCACAGCCACCAACGAGGCGGGGAGCGUCACCACCGUUUACAACUACGCGACUAAGAACGAGGAUGGCAGUGAAGUUGGUCCUCCGUCGGAAAUUUUCGACAUCAACAUGUUGGUGAUAGUCUUAAGCUCAAUUCUCCUAGCUGUCUGUCUUAUCUGCUGUGCUUAUAUUCUAGUUAAGAGGCAACGUAAUGUCAACUUAACGGGAUACCGCGACUCAAUAACGGUCGACAAAUCUGAAAGUGGCAACAUAACAGCUAACACAUCACACAGUAACCUAGCGAAUGUUAAAGAGAACUCAAUGAACGCUCAGAACAGAAUAUACAGCGCUCCGAUACAUGUUAGAAAUAAUAGUAAACAUGGUGACUAUAUUAUUUCCGAGUUAUACGAGAUAAGUCCUUACGCGCAAUUCGCUGUCGGCUUUCGAACGUUUGGUCACGCUGAAAACAAUGACGUGCCGAGACACAUCAAACACAGAUAUGAUACCGGUAGUGAGGACAACGAAACAAGAUAA